AACAUAACUACUUAAAGUUAAAUAAUCUUUAAAAAUUGAUUAUUAAUAAAUUAUAAUUCUUAUUGAAUUUCUCUGCUAGUGUUUUUGCAUGAUAUGUAAAAGACUACCUAUACUAUUUCAAAUCUGCACAGAUUAAUCACAAUGGGCAUUCUUGAUGAUCUUAGUGUUUCUUCGGUGUUAGUUGGACUUGGGAUUGUUGUUACUACUGGUUUUGCUAUAUCAGCAUUUGUAGCCAAUUUCCAAAAGAAAAGUAAAAAAAAAAGAACUUUAGUGGAUUCAAAUACUAAGAUUCCAUUACCACUUAUUCAAAAACAUAUUAUUAGUCAUGACACACGAAGAUUUAGAUUUGAAUUGCCAUCCAAAAAUCAUAUUCUUGGUUUACCAAUUGGGCAACACAUACAUUUAUCAGCAAGAAUAAACGAAGAAUUAGUUGCUCGUGCUUAUACACCGGUCAGUAGUGACAAUGAUGUUGGAUACAUGGAUUUGGUUAUUAAGGUUUAUUUUAAAGACCAAAAUCCUAAGUUUCCUGAUGGUGGUAAAUUAACACAAUAUCUUGAAAAAAUGGAAAUCGGAGACACAAUUGAUGUUCGAGGACCUUCAGGUCGUCUUAUUUAUCACGGUCGUGGAGAUUUUGAAAUUAAAGCUGUUAAAAGAAUAGAUCCUUCUCAUAACUUUUAUGCUAAAAAAUUAUCAAUGAUUGCUGGUGGUACUGGUAUUACACCAAUGUUACAGAUAAUUAGACAAGUCACUAGAGAUCCUAAAGAUGAAACCAAAUUGUCAUUACUUUUUGCCAAUCAGACUGAAGAAGAUAUAUUAUUAAGAGACGAAUUAGAAGAAGCCGCUAAAAAUCAUCCCGAUCAGAUCAAAAUCUGGUAUACAGUUGAUAGACCUACUGAUGGAUGGAAGUAUAGUGUUGGAUUUAUAUCAUCUGACAUGAUAUCAGAACAUCUAUAUCCACCAGCUCAAGAUACAUUGGUAUUGAUGUGUGGACCUCCUCCAAUGAUAAACUUUGCAUGUAUUCCAAAUCUUGAUAAACUUGGAUAUGAUGCUAAGUUACGAUUUUCUUAUUAAAAAAGAUAAAUGUUUUUCAUUUUUAUUAGACCGUCCGUAACAGUUUUGAGUUGUAUUUGUUGAUUCACAUUUUGUAUUAGAUUUUGAUCAUUGAAUGGGUAUUUGGUAUUUAAAAACAUUUAAAACCCUUUUAUAAUGUUGCUAAUAAAUUGGUGUUAGCACUUAAUUUAUGUACAAAUUGUUUAAUCUAGCUAAGCAUAAUACAAUA